AUGUCGGUCGAUAUUGAGCCCUUCGAGCUUUCCUUUAAGCGCCCCUUCACUACCGAAGUUUCCCAAAUCUUGACUCUCAAGAACCCCAAUCCAACCCCCGUUGCCUUCAAGGUCAAGACUACCGCCCCCAAACACAGAUACUGUGUCCGACCAAAUGCAGGCCGCAUCGAGGCCGGUCAGAGCUUCGAUGUCUCUGUUUUGCUCCAGGCCAUGAAGCAGGACCCUGCUCCCGACGCCCGAUGCCGUGACAAGUUCCUCGUUCAGUCUACAGCCAUUACCGCUGAUAAGGAGUUCGCCAAUCACGCCUCAGUGCUCGAGACGACGGACAAGGCCUCACUUGUAGAGCGCAAGAUUCGAGUCAACUGGUUGCCGGCUGGUUCCGCCGAUGCUCCUCACCGACCAAUCUCAACCCCCAACAAGCAGGCCAUCGCUAACGGCGCCAACGAUACUCCCGACGUUUCUCGCACUUACUCUUCCCCUAACGCCCGGGAUGACUCGCCAGUCUCCUCCGCACCACCUCCCUACCAAUCUCCUCAAGAGUCUUACGAGGAGAACAGGCCCAAAUCUAUGCAAUCCGACUUUGAAGUCAAGAGCGCCAUUUCCCAGGCUACAGCAUCCAUCAAGGAGACUGCUGAGCUGACCUACGAGGAGCUUAAGGCUAAGCUUGCCCAAGCUGAGCAGCAGCUCGUCUCUCUUAAGGAUAGCGGUCUCCGUCAGCGAAAUGUUAAGUCCGAUUCCAACGACGAGAAGCGACCCGUGGCCCAAACUGCUCAAGCUAUCCAGCAGACUGUCGAGGGUGUGCCGGUGCAGAUGGCGGCCAUUCUCUGCUUGGUCAGCUUCCUGCUCGCUUAUUUCUUCUUCUAG